ACAAACCGGUGAUGGAUUCAGUUCUCUUUUUUCACACCAAAAAAAAACCGAAUAUUAUUCAUCAAUUAGUUGAGCAAAAUAUAAUAAGUUUCUGUACAUCAAAGUGAAUUCGUACAACUCUUUUGCGAUUUCUUGUGCGAUUUGUUGGUACAUUGUGUUAAAGUGUGUUUAUAUAUUUUGUUGCACACAUCAACAUUAAUUGAUAGUAAUUGAUGUUGUCUCACAUCCAUAUAAUGUGGAAUUAAAAUGACGAACAAGUGCAUUAAAAUACAGUUCAUAUUUUCAAAUUUAUUUUUUCGACCAUGUUGCUAACACCGGAUAGAACAUUAUUAUAAAAUAUUGUAUCAAACGUUUUUUUUUUCUCUCCUCUUCUCGUCGUCGUCAACGUUUUUGUUGUUAUAUAUACGGUCUCGUAUAAACUUUGCAAAUUUAUGAAUUAGUGAAAACGAAAAAUAAAGAAGCUCGAAGUGAUAAGUCGUGCGAUUUUACAUUCCAAAUAAGAUAAAACGACAAUUUGUCGUCACUACAACCAAGACCAAAAAUAAGAAAGAUUGUACUGCCAGAAAAAUCAACCACCAAAAAAUGGUUCGAGAUCGAUUGGCUGAACUACAAAAAAAUUGCGAUGCUGUUUCAUAUUUGCCACUUAAUCAACAGCGACAAAAUACUGGUCCAACACAGCCGGAACCUUCAUCAGCUGAUCAGCAAAUAGCACAGGUGUUGGAUGUGUAUUCGGAUAUACGAGAUGGAAUUAAUGAAAUUAAGUCAAAUGUACACUCCAUGCGAAACCUAUUACUUGAACUGUCUACAUCGAUUAAUAACAACAAUUCAUUGCCGGAGAAAAUGGAAAAACUUCGUCAAACUAACAUGACACUCUGCCAAAAGUUAUUUAACAAAAUGCGUGACUUAGAGAAAGACUUACCGUUCAAAGAUGACCAUGAAAUUCUUUCACGAAUCAAACGAACAAAUUUUUAUUGCGUACGGGAUGAUUUUCUGGCAGCUUGGCGUGACCACGAACAUUUCCUAGUUGUCUAUGAGGAAAAGGUGAAGAAAACAUUGACCCGGCAGGCGAAAAUAAUUGAUCAAAAUUUCAGCGAAGAGGAAACGGAAAAUCUAAUAAACAACAAAACGACCUCGUUAUUCGUUGGGAAUAUCAUCGAAGAGACGGAAAAUGCACGAAGUCAUUUACGAGAUUUGUUGGUACGGCAUUCGGAACUGGCGAAAAUUGAGAAAUCGUUAACCGAAGUUCGGGACAUGUUCUUACGAAUAUCUACGUUGGUUAUGGAACAGAGCACACUGAUUCAAGUGGUCGAGUAUCAUGCUCAGACAGCCUCGAUUAAUGUUGACAAAGGAACAGAUGAACUGGAACAGGCAAAGAAUUUGAAAAUUAAAGCAACGAAGAAAAAAUUCUGGAUAAUAUUUUGGGUCGUCUUAGUGGUGGUGAUAUUAAUAUUCAUCAUGGUGCUGACGUAACAAUUUACAACAAAUCGAGGUAAUCAAACCAUCGUUUCCAUACUUUUUUUUUAAAUUAGAAUUUUUCAAUUUACAUCUAAUUGAAAGUAAGUACUUAGAAGAAUAAGAAGAAGCGAAAUGUAAAAUAUAAAAAAGCGAAAGACGAAAUGUUUCAUUUGUAAAAAUUAGCCGUUGUGACAUCGAUUUGUAGAAUAAAUUUCUGUUUGUUUUCGUUCG